AUGUUCGCCAAGUACGCUCUCCCCGUUGUCGCGGCGGCCGCCGGUGCCCAGGCCGCCUCUUGCAGUGUUUCCGGAACCACCACCGUUGGCAGUGAAGCCACCGGUCUCUCGGCCUGCAAGACCUUCACCGGCUCUGUUGCCAUUGCCACCGAUGCGACCACCGUCAGCCUCAGCGGUGUCGAGGUGAUUGACGGCGAUCUGAUCGCCUCCAACGCUACCCAGUUGACCAGCCUGGCAGCCGACAGCCUCACCGAGGUUGGCGUCUUCACGCUCGACGAGCUCACCGUCCUGGGUUCGCUCAACUUCCCCCAGCUCAACAAGGUCGACAGCAUCAAGUGGAGCUCUCUGCCCGCUCUGUCCGAGCUGUCUUUCACCAACGGUGUCAAGGAGGCCAACAACGUCGACAUCCAGAACACCUUCCUGAGCACCCUGGACGGCAUCAACCUCAAGGAGGUCUCGUCCUUCUUCAUCGCCAACAACAAGUACCUGAAGGACAUCACCGUCCAGUUCACCAGCAUCAAGGACGCUCUUACUCUGUCUGCCAACUCGGAUGAUCUCCAGGCCUCGUUCCCCAACCUUGAGUGGGCUUACAACAUGACCUUCCGCAACGUCAGCAGCAUCUCCACCCCCUCGCUGGCUUCCCUGAACGGUUCCCUCGGCUUCUACGGCGACAGCAUCAAGAGCUACGAGGCUGCCAACCUCACCACCGUCGGUGGCUCGCUCUCCUUCGUCGGUAACGGCAACCUCGCCAACAUCACCCUCGAUGCUCUCGAGAAGGUCAGCGGUGGUUUCCAGAUCGCCGACAACCCCAAGCUCAACAACGCCUCUUUCCCCGCUCUUGAGACCGUUGGCGGUGCCCUCGACUUCUCCGGCAACCUGACUGAGGUCUCCCUUGACAGCCUGAAGGAUGUCCGCGGUGCCUUCAACAUCCAGUCUGAGAGCGACAUCAGCGAUGCCUGCACUCACUUCAAGUCCCUCUCCGGCAACAGCAACGUCAUCAAGGGCAAGUACCAGUGCGCCGGCAAGCAGACCAACCCCGGUGGUGCCGACACCACCCCCACUGGCUCCAGCUCCAGCUCCAAGUCGACCAGCAGCGGUGCCGCUGGCCACCUCGAUGUCACCAACGCUGCCGGUCUCGGUGCCGCUGGUGUCCUCGCUGCCAUGCUUGGCUUCUUCUAA